AUGGAUUCUCGGUGUGAGUUCAUUGGUUGUGGCGAUGUUUUUUUCGAAAAGGAUGAAUCUUAUUCUGGCCAUCUGAGAGGGCAUUACCAACAGACCCAUCACAAUAUUGUAUUGAAGCUGUCGCCAUUGAACUACAUGGAGCUCUGGUGCUACAGUUGCAAUAGUCCAAUUGGUUAUUGGGGGUUUCCGCAUAUUAAAAAACCAAUAGCCGAGAAAAACAUGUGCCGCAACAUCCUGCAGUUCAUGACAGCUCUACCACCAGACCAUAACCCCUCGCUAAAGCUGGACGUGAUUGAAAGAAGACGGUUGAUUGAACAGAGACUGUCUGUAUUCCAACAAAACCAUGACUUUACCUAUUUGAUUGAAAAACAAUGGUUUACAAAAUGGAUAAAUUUCCUGACGGGCAAAUCAAAUGAAAUGCCUGGUGCAUUGGACAACUCCAUCCUCUUUUUCUCGCAUGAGAAGCAGAAGCUAAGGCAUGAUCUGAUGAUUGGAUGCGACUAUGAGCUUGUCGGUCGAAGUAUACGUGCUUAUAUUGAAAGAGUGUAUGGGCUUGAGAAUGGAUCCCACAUUGUUUCAGGAGAUGACUAUAUAGGCCAACCAUUAUAUCGCGGUAUAUCACAAUCCGCCCUUCUUCACAGACGCUAUUACUGA